AAACCCUCCCGCUUCUUUAGAUUGAAACCUUCCUCACUUCUUUCAUCAUCAUUCUAUUUCUUGCCUUCUCUUCACUUUGCAAAUCCCUUUUUCAAUUCAGAUUUCUAGGGUUUCUCUUCAGGUUUGUGAAACAGAGACAUGUCGCUGCGACCGAGCGAGAAGACAGAGAUCCGUCGAAGCCGUUACAAGGUAUCUGUUGAUGCGGAAGAAGGACGCAGAAGAAGAGAAGACUUUUUAGUCGAGAUUCGCAAGAACAAACGCAAGGAAAGCUUGAUGAAGAGACGCCGUGACGAUUCUAAAGUUAUGACUACUGAUUCCGAUGACCCUUUUGAGAGUUUGUUGGAGGUUUCGAAUAUGAUCGCUGGGGUUUUCUCGGAUGAUCCUUCGUUGCAGCUUGAGUCUACGACCCGGUUCAGGAUGAUUCUAUCAUUGGAUAGAAAUCCACCUAUUGAUCACGUGAUACAAUCUGGAGUAUUGCCUCGUUUUGUUGAGUUUCUUAAGAAGGAUGAUUACCCUAAGCUUCAGUUUGAGGCGGCUUGGGCUUUAACAAACAUUGCUUCUGGGACAUCUGAGCAUACCAAGGUGGUGAUUGAUCUUGGGGCUGUUCCACUCUUUAUUCAGCUUCUUGCUUCCCCUGAUGAUGAUGUCCGUGAACAGGCUAUAUGGGGACUGGGUAAUGUUGCUGGUGAUUCGAUAAUAUGCCGUGACUUUGUUCUUAACUCUGGGGCAUUGAUUCCACUGUUGCAUCAGCUGAAUAAGAAUGCUAAGCUGUCAAUACUUAGAAACGCCACUUGGACUUUAUCAAACUUCUUUCGUGGCAAGCCUUCGCCAUCCGUUGACCUGGUGAAACCUGCUCUCCCUGCACUUGAACGACUUGUUCAUUCGAAUGAUGAAAACGUCUUGGUAGAUGCUUGCUGGGCACUUGCGAAUCUGUCUAAUGGUUCAAAUGAACAUAUCCAAAGUGUGAUCGAGGCUGGUGUUGUCCCAAGACUAAUUGAACUAAUCCAACUUUCUCCAAUUGUAAGUGUUCCUGCCCUUCGUACCAUUGGGAAUAUAGUUUCUGGAAAUCAACAGCAGACCCAGUGUGUGAUCAAUUGUGGUGCUGUACCCGUUCUUGCCAACCUGCUUCGUCAAAACCAUACAAUAGGUGUUAAGAGGGAAGCUUGCUGGGCGAUUUCAAAUAUCACUGCAGGCUUUGAAGAACAAAUUCAGUCAGUUAUUGAUGCAAAAUUGAUUCCAAUCUUGGUCAAACUGGCUCGAAAAGCUGAGUUUGAACUAAAGAAAGAAGCUAUAUGGGCAAUUUCAAAUUCCAUCAUAUGUGGUUCUCUUAAUCAAAUCAAAUACUUGGUGAAGAAGGGUUGCAUAAAGCCUUUGUGUGACAUCCUGGUGUGUUCAGAUAUAAGAAUGAUCUUAGUGUGUCUAGAUGGACUGGAAAAUAUUUUGAUGGCUGGAGAGGUGGAGAAGAAGAACACAGGAGGAGACGUGAAUUCUUAUUGUGAACUGAUUGAAGAUGCGGAAGGGGUAGAAAAGAUUGAGAACCUGCAGCACCAUGACAACAAUGAGAUAUACGAGAAGGCUGUGAAGAUUCUGGAAACAUACUGGCUUGAAGAGGAAGAUGAAAUACAAGAGUUAGGGGAAAUACUACAACCUCAUGGACAAGGUGGUUAUGUAUUUCAGAAUUCAAGAUCAAGUUCAAGUUCCAAGUUCAAGUUCUCAUCCGUGGUUCCAGUUUGAUUUUACUCGUCAAGAUCCCACACAAUCUGAUAUUAGAUUUGAUGUACAAAAAAAUAGCCUCUGACAUUGAACCAAAAAAGUUAGUCAAGCAAGUGGUGUCAGUUUCUUGAUGACAUUAUUAGGCUUGACUUGGUUGUUACUUGAGAAAGUAGGUACAUAGACUAGUUGAUAUAAAAGCUUUGCCUCCCUUUCUCACUGAGUCUUAUAUUGUUUUGUUCUUUUUUGUAAAUAUUUUGGGGAUUAUAGAGUUGUUUCCAGUGAUAA